ACAUUGAGCCGUAUACCAGCUGCCUGUGCCUACUUCCGUGACGUUGAGCUAUUAAAGGGCCUCCUGAACUUUAUUGACGCGUGACGUCACCAGGUAUUCUAUUGUAACAGCCUUGCAUGGACGGUAUAUAAGGUGGCUCUCCGCAUGAAUCGGUUGUCAGAGCUGUAACUCAGCCCUACCGCACGGAUGGUGCAAUCAGCCAUCAGAUUGCUGGGAGGAUUUUCAGACAUCAAGUAGAUAGUGUCAAACUUUGGGUCAGUUUUGUCCUGGCAAAAGUCAUCACCACGUUUGGACUAACACUCAGCCAAGCACACUUCUGAUCUACAGUCUUGACUAACAGGUGAAUACCCCUUCCUCAACGCGUCCGUUUAAGUUCAUGCUUGACUGCAUUCCAUCAAGUUUGCCACCCAACCCUAUCCGAAAAUGUCGCUCUGGCCACGCACGCUGGUCGUUGCUCAGUCAUUGGUUCUGACGAUAAUUCUCAGCAGAAUAAAUGCAGUCUUAGGUAUUCCAGCAUCUAUUAAGCCCAUGGAUCCCAUAGUUGUAGCGGGCUCAAACAUCACUUUUCGCUGCGUCCUCAACACAUCAGCUACAACGCAGACUGUCACAGAUAUUGUCUGGUACUACAAAUCAUACAGCCAUUUAAUCCCACGAGAGCGCUAUGAAGUUGAAGAUAACAUUUCGCGACUCACUUUGCGUAACGUGACAUUUGCUGACUCAGGAUCUUAUUUCUGCGCCUUCGAGAGUGAUGGCCGAAGAAUUAUGAGAUACCAAGGAUCCAUGUUACGGGUUGGAAUGCCUCCCUCACCGCCCACAGGCCUCCGAUGUCACAGUUCUAACAUGCAAGACUUUUGGUGUGAGUGGGCUGAAGGAACAAGAACAAACCUACGAACACACUUCAAAUUCAGUUACAGGCAACGCUAUGGGUCUGGUGACUGGAAGGAUUGUCCGAAAUUUGGGGGACGAGGGAGAAAUACAUGCGUGGUGUCCCGUAAUCACAAUAAUGGUUACAGUCAACUUAUCCGCAUCACCUCAACCAACCAUCUUGGAUCAGCCUCGUCAGAAAUCCACUUCAACCCAGGAACUGCAGCUAUACCCAACCCGCCAACUGACGUUGAAAUCGAGACUCUUGGGUCGGAAGAGCUUCGUGUCACCUGGGGAUUUCCUAGUGAAUGGGAUGACCAGAUCUUUGCUUAUUUCCUAGAGUAUAGGUUGGAGGUCAUCACCGACCAUGGAGGGUUCACACGAAUGAUUCCUGACGUGAACCACGGUGAACCCUACGUGAAACCGCGUCUGUACACCAUUAGCAACCUUCUCCCGCACACGCCCUACACUGUUCGAGUUUCUUGCCGCUCGUUGGGGAGUUAUUCGGCCGACUCUUGGAGUGCGUGGUCGGAACCAGUCAGACGAAGGACGGCAGAGGCAGCACCGAACGCAGCUGUAUCCGAAAUUCAGGGCCAAGAGUAUGACAGCAUUAAUGACCCAGCUUACCAGAGGGACGUAUUUCUACAAUGGAAGGAACUUCCGCAUGAGAAUCGACGAGGAAAAAUCCUUGGUUAUGACGUUGACUUGCGGCAGAUGUUAGCCAACGGUUCUUCCAGCGUUGUCAGAACAGUUAGGGCCAAUGGUACAAUGAUUUUAUUAGAAAAUUUGGAAAAAUUCCAGGAGUACUAUGUAGAUUUAGCCGUGUGUAACUCUGCUGGGCGGGGUCCAAUUGCAAGCUAUUUUUUGGCCGACAAAACCUCAGAACCUGGACCACCUGAAAAUGUACGCGUCCAAAAUAUCUCUGAAACGUCAGCCUUGGUUACCUGGCAACGACCAACGAGACCAAAUGGUUACAUCGGAGGCUAUCACGUGCAAUGGAACAAAGGAACUGUGGGGGAAACGUCUAGUAAUUCCGUGGAAGUAAAUGGUACCCAGACCUCAUACACAAUCAACGGACUUGAACCUAAUAGACUUUAUCAGUUUCGAGUCAAAGCGAAAAACUCAAGGGGGUACAGUGGAUGGUCAAAUGCUCCCAUACAGCACAUGGGAGGCGGGUCGCGUAUGGAGUUACUCCGUACACUCAUCUCAGUGCUACACAACCUUCUCAUGGAUAUGGGAGAGGAUGGAGCAUCAGGAAACGAGAUCAAAUUGGAUGCAAUUUCGUCAUUCUUGUGACUGCCACAGCAACUGUUUACAUCCAUCCAAGACAAUUAAAACACAGCAGACAGUGGUAUAUCUAUUAACUUCUUGGGAUGCUUUGUUUCGAAAAGAAUACCAAAGGGAUGUGCGAUGGUUAGCCCUCACUUCUUGCUUGCUAAAUAAGGUGGUAAUCUCCAUCAAAUUCAUAGCGUUAUAUUAUUAUAUAAACAGUAAUUAAAAUAUUUGUCCACACUGUCAUUUCUCUUGAAGAUAAUUUGAAAGAGAUCUGAUGUCAUUUUCAUUCUACUCUGCUUGGAAAGACGCUCUAGAUUUGGGCCCGUGCACGCAGGAAAAACUAAAACCCCUCCUAUAAACAGAUUAUUGUUUCUUUAGUAACACGACGUAAAAACGGUGGAAGGAGAAGUUAAGCUCAAGGCAAUAUAAAAAGAAUACUUUCAACAAAUGAAAUGGUUCGGAAGCUUUUCUUUUUAUAGUGAAUGAUGGUCAUCAGACUUCGGGUCCCGAGCUGUCCCAGGAAAGGGCGCAAAUUUCUUUGCCACAGAGGUUCCUUUGGUAGUAAAUGCGCAUUGCUGGUUCACGAACAACGACGAAACGCAAGCGUUGCAGUCGCAUCGCUACCAACUAAUUGAGCACUCCCGACCAUAUUGGCAGUGCUUCUGCUCAGGGUAAUGUCGAAGGGAAAACUGAUUAGAUGUUUAUCUUUUAUAUAACCAUCUUGCUUGGAAUAGUCAUUUGAUCAAGGACGAAUGGUAAAUUUCUCUUCCUUCGGUUUUUGUCCAUUUUUAUUUUAUCAUUUGACUUUCCAGGAAUAUCUCUCUUUAUAGCCUCCUGUAAGAAAGUUUAAAACCCACAGUAAGACAACAGGGUGUAUAUUCUGUUCGUGAUACUCGAACUUGUAGUGAAUGUGAAAUAUUACUCUGGGUGUAUUGUCUACUUAUUAUAUAAUGUAAUAAUUGUAAUUACUGAAAAUUAUAAAUUUAUAUUAUUUGUAUACCCUGUGUUGCAAUGUAAUCAUUGUUGAAAGUCUUUCGUCCGGUGUUGCAAAUAUGCAGGGAUUUAAUCACUGAACCUAUUUUGGCUUAUUAGCUGCAAACUUAAAGUGUUCGUUACAGAACUUCGGUGUAAGCGCUUAUUCUAUCCAAAUUCCUAUUUUAUGAAUGUAAAUAAGUCUAUUUGUACAGCCGCCGUAUGUUUGCAAAUUUAACCUAACCAUACCUGACCCAUACCUCAUUCAUUAUACGUAAAUACCUGUUUUAAUUGUAAAUAAGAAGUUGAACAUGCUAAACGGAGGUUCAAAGUAACCUGCAUGGUUCCCCUCUGUGUAUAAUAGUUAAGCAUGUAGAAUUGAACAAAAUGAUAAUAAAACUUAAUUUUCAUACGUUAUUCAUGUGAUGUGAAAAGUUGA